AUGGAGAGGGACAGUGGCGACGUCGCCAUGCUGGACGUAAUCGUGCACCGGCCACCACCCUCUAAGGAAGCGCGGGACAAGCAGCUGACUGAUCCACCGGCGCCACCAGCCGGAGACGAGAUGGCGACGGGCCCAACUCCUGAGGUCCAGGCGAACGCCGCCCUGCAGCAGCAGCUGGGCGAAACCAAUACCGCGCUGCGUGCCAAGGAGGUGGAGUGCGGCAAGCUGGCUGAAGAGCGUGACCGGCUGAUCAGCCUGAAACGUACCACGAGGCCCAGGCCAAGCCUCUGUCACCUCGCGCCGCAUCCAGUUACUAAAAAAAAAACCUCGCGCCGCAUCCUGAAACGUCGCCCUCUUCCCUCAAAAAGUAAAAAAGAAAGAAAAAGGAAAAAGGAACACUCUCCCCUUCCUCCCAUCGCCUCUAGGUCUCCAGUGCUCCCUCCGCCAUCGCCGGCGCAUGGCACUGACCGGAAAACACGCUCUCAGGUAGGCGCUAGCACCGCCGCCACUUCCAGGUUCGGAGCGCCCUUGACGGCAGCCGGCCUCCAUUGCCCCGGCCAGGUCGCAGUUUUGUUUUCAGAGAGGGAACAGAAUUCUAUCAAAGACUUCUCUACCAAUAAUUGCAGCAAAAUUCUCUCUUUGUGUGUUUCUUACUUCACACCUGUGUAUGUGAUGAAGUUGAAAGAUUUCUUUCCAAAUAAAGAGCUCAGAGAGGCUCCAUAUUUUGAUGGGCGAGUUGUAUGCUAUCCAAAUAUGAAGACGAUUCAUGAUUAUUUGGCAUGGAGGCAACUGGACCGCCACAACAGGAUCCAGUACAAGACAUGCUUUUUGGAUGCUAGUGAAGUCCGGAAAGGGCGAAAACGAAGCUUACGAUAUGCUGAAGUCUUCUUUCAUCAUCUACGUCAAAGGACAAGAACGAGUUGCUAGAACAAGUUGCUCUUUCAGCCGUUUGAAAUGAACUACAACAACGAACCGGCCAUGUACUGAAAGGCUUCAUGUGCUUACCGUGAAAAGGUAUGUUUACCAUCAUCCAAGAACUAUUUUCAACAACAAUGCUGUUUGUGCUGCAGUUUCAUAUUAAGCAUUCCAAAAUAAAAUGUAGCGAUGCUGAAGAAACAAGAUUUACUUUGCCUAAUAAAAGAUCAAAGUAUUUUCUUUUC